AUGACAUCCAAAUUCCUCCGCUUAAACUGCAACUUCCUCUUCGCCCGCCCAACCGCGCGGCUCACCUCUACACCCUGUUUGCUCCGCCAAAGCAUCGCCUCUACCAACGACCUAAGCAACCACAGCACUCGCCCUUUUUCCCUAACCUCUCAGCAAGCCCUCCAGAUCGACUCAAACUUCAUUUCGCAAAUCACAGCCGCCGAAAAGAAAAUCACGGGCAGCGACAACCCCGUAGCCAACGGCCCAACCGCAAAAGCCCAAGCCCACGUCGGCCAAACGCUCACCGCAGCCAUAAUCCACGACAUCACCAUGGGCGAGAAGACCAUAACCGGGAGCGAUGAGCCGGCAAAAGGCGGUCCCACAUCCAUCGCUCAAUCAGCCUUGACAUCUGGCAACAGCAACAACUCUUCUGCAAACGCAAACACAUCUUCACCCCCGACGACGACGACGACGACGACGACAACCCCGUCCGGCACCCUAGAUUCAGCCACGCUGCACAAAAUCACAGAAGCCGAGAAGAAACUCACGGGCCAGAACCGUCCGGUGAAGGACGGCCCGACGGCGCAGGCGCAGAGUCAUGCAAAGGAGCCGAUUACCAGCCAGGCGCUGCAUGACAUUACCGUCGGCGAGAAGAAAGUGACGGGUGGGGAGAGGGUCAAGGGCGGUCCGACGGCUACGGCGCAGAGCGAGUUGAGCAAGAGUCGGGCUUGA